AGCCGAUAGAACCAACGACCGGCUGGCAGGAUGGGAACUGCAGCUGGGUCUCCUGGACCAAGCGUCUCUUGCUGUGUUUCACGGCUCACCACUACAGGUUGAGACCAUCAGACGGUACCAAGAGCGUAGAGAGAGGUAACUUCCGAAGGGAAGAGCUCUCAGCCUCUGUAGAUGGGGCACUGGAUAUGUUGCCUUUGCUCCAGAGCUGCAGAUUCGUUGAUGCUGCUUCUGGUUUUGGCUGCAAGCUGUAACCCUUCCUUAGAAGCAACAGCUUCUCCAUCUGUGCCCCACAUCAAACCCAGCUACAGUUUUGGCCGGACUUUCCUGGGACUUGAUAAAUGCAACGCCUGCAUUGGGACGUCCAUUUGCAAGAAGUUCUUUAAAGAAGAAAUAAGGUUUGACAACUGGCUUUCUUCUCGUUUAAAGCUGCCCCCCAGCUACCUCCUCAGCUACUCGGGGAACUACACUGACGAUGCCAAGAGCUGGCGGCGGGUGGACAUCACCAGGCUGACCACCAAGUACCAGCACGACCAGGCCGACAAGCGCAUCUGCACGGCGCUCCUGAAGACGAGGACCUGCAGCCUGGAGCACGCCCUGCGCCGCACUGCCCGGGGCCAGAAGUGGCUGCGGGCCAAGCGGCUCACGCCCGACCUGGUGCAGGGUCUCUCCAGCCCAAUGCUGCGUUGCCCAUCUCAGCGCCUCUUGGACCGGAUAGUACGGCGCUAUGCUGAAGUACCAGAUGCUGGCAGCAUCUAUAUGGACCACCUCACUGACCGGGAUAAACUGCGCCUUCUGUACACGCUGUCAGUGAAUUCACAUCCCAUCCUGUUACAGAUCUUCCCAGACGUGGAGGGGUGGCCAUUCCCACGGUACCUGGGUGCCUGCGGGCGGCUGGUGGUCAGCGCCAGCACCCAGCCUCUGCGUGACUUCUUCGAUGCCGCCCCCGAGGUGGCUGCCGACCUGGCACUGCAGCUCCUUGCUGUCCUCCGCUCCAUGGGCACUAACGACCUCAACUACUUCUUCUACUUCACCCACGUGGAUGCUGGCACCUUCGGCGUUUUCAGCAAUGGGCAUCUGUUCAUCCGGGAUGCCAGCACGCUGGGCAUCAUAGACAAGGAGGAAGGGAGCCAGCUGACUGAUGACCAACAGGAGUAUAAAGAUAUAUUUAGCUGUUUGACUGUGGACUGCCAGUCUGCAGUUGUGCCCUGUAACUCAAUCAGAGAGAAACAGAGUCUCAUCAUGGUAUGUCAAGAGCUUUUGCCUAAGCUCCUAAAAGGGAAAUUCCUUCAACCCAUACAGGAGAAGAUAGACGGCUUCCUCCAGCACUGUGCAGAUGGCUUCGCCAACGACCAGGCCGUCGACAACACAGUUGCAAAGCUGGCAGAGCUCCUGAAACCACUGCGAUCUUGCGAUUCUCGUUUUGCCUAUCGCUACCCUGACUGCAAAUACAGUGACAAAUACUGAGAGAAGCUCUGUGGGAAAGACCAGAGCAGCCUCCAGGCUUCACCAUCAUGGAAAGCAAGAAGGACCUGGGGUAGCUAGGAAGAACUGCAUCGAAACGGAGGCAUGCUGAUUGAGACAAACGAGGGAGCAGAGUUCAUGUGGGAUUUAUUGUUCGUCUCCCAGAGACACAUUUGUUACCUAAGGUGUUUGAUAUGAUGUAAGGCUUAUGGAUUAUAAAUGUUAUCAUGAGUGACGGGGGCUACAAGAUUUAUUAAUCUUGUUCGUUCACUUUGGCCUUGGAAAAAUUUUCCAUGCCAUCCAUUAAGAAGAAACCCUCUGAAGGUAAUUCGCUCACAACUAGCUAGAUAGAGGAGCUUUAUUAUCGAGAACAUCUUUUUGAUCAAGAUGAUAUAUACAUAAUGUGAGAUGGAUGGAAGCGUUUAAGACUUUCCUGUGGGGAUUUUUAAUGCUUUAAAAAUCGUAUCUAAACCGAAUCAUUUGAUCAGUUCCUUACCAUCACCCACUACUUUUAUAAAAUAUUUAAAUUUUAUUACUUUUAUGGCACAUGGAAUGGAAGGAAGCAAUUGACAGCAUUAAAAAGCUGAAAGAA